UUAAAACAUUACCUGGUAGUUUUAUCAUAUAAAUGUAUACACUUUCAUGUACUUUGGUUAAUGAUUUGGGGGUCUGCAUCAAGCAGAAAUGGAUUAUAUAUAUUAUAUCAAUUAUUUUUUUUAUAUAAAUUAAAAAUUUGCAGAGAGAAUGUCAAUUGGCUUAAAGAAAGAUUUAGCAUCAACCCCUGGAUUUCUUUUAAGGGUACAGAAGUACAGGAGAUGCUCAGCAAUCUGGCAAAGAAGGCUGGCUGGACAUGAAAUGUUAUGGGGGUUAUGUCUACAUGUAGCUUUGGAUCCACAUAUUACAGAAAUCGCAUCAGAGCAAAGAGAUUAUUCUGUGCCACAAACAAAUUGUUCAGAAAGGGGACAUUGGUGGAUUUGCAUUUUGGGUACAAUUCAAAGAAUUUUCAAUAUGAUGAUGGAAGAUCAGAGGGAGGACAAAUGGGAAAAGUUGACAGAGAAAGAAGAGAAAAGAAUUAGGAAAUAUCUGGAAUAAAUAUGAAUGAGGAGGAUGUACUUAAU